AUGGAGUCCUGCAGGGUUCCUCACCAUGUCCUGCUUUUAUUCAUCCUCACGUUCAUCACAGUACCUGUAUCAGCUGUCACUACUGUACAGGUGAAGUGUAAUCAGGCUGCUGCUCUGCCCUGUGAACGGAAAUGUUCUCGUGAGGCCAAAUGGACUCUGUUCAGUAACCGAGAUGAUGCAGUGGCUCGGUGUGAUCAGACAUCCUGCAGGUCACUAAACGAGGGAUUUAAAAUGUCCCAUGAUCAGUACCUGAAGGGAGAUCUCACCCUCACCAUCACUGCAGCUGAUUACAGUAUGAGGGGUUUAUACACGUGUGAGUGUGAUGGUGAAGACAUUAAUGACCUGCGUCUCAGCAUCGAGACCAUGACAUCAUCAGUUCAGAUGAACGCUGGUGAAGAUCUGCAGCUGGAUUUGCACAUAUCAGAGCGAGUGGAGGUGAUCUAUAAGGGUGGAGAUUCAGCAGAUCCACAUGGUGAACAGAUCUGCAUUGUGGAUAGAAGCUCACUAAACUGUACAGCUGAAUACACACCGAGAACAUCACUCACUAACACAGUUCUUACACUGAGAGGAGUAAAGCUCACUGAUGGGGGAAUUUACAUCGUCCGAGACACGGAGACUAAUGAAUAUCUUCAUAUUUACUCAGUAUCAGUGAGAGUGCUGUCACGUCACUUGACAACAGAACGAACGACGGGAGUAACGGUACCGACACGCAGCACGCAGGAGGAGCUUCAGCAUACAGGAGGAGCUUCAGCACACAGGAGGAGCUUCAGCACGCAGGAGGAGCUUCGGCACGCAGGAGGAGCUUCGGCACGCAGGAGGAGCUUCAGCAUGCAGGAGGAGCUUCAGCAUGCAGGUGAAGCUUCAGCAGCACGGAGCGGAGUGGAUCAGACCGCGUGUUUAACCUUCACACGCGCUUUCAGGAAGGAAGGAGGGAGGAAACUCAGCAUUUGGUGACUGCCUGAAAUCUGGAAACCAUGGACGUCACUGACUGCAAAGGAUUCGCAUCUAAGUAUUAAAAAUAAUCCUAACAUUUAUGAUUAUUUUAGUUUGUCCAGUUACUUUUGAGCCUGUGAAAAUGGAGGGACUCCAUUAAAAAAUGGCCGUAAUUCCUAAAUGGUUAAUGCAGUAUUUUUGUUAAACCCCAAGCUGAAAGUCUACACUUCAAUCACAUCUUGAUUGCUUCAUUUCAAAUCCCUUGUGGCGGUGUACAGAAGCAAAAUUAUGAAAAUUGUGUCACUGUCCAAAUACUUAUGGAUCUGACUGUAUAUGAAACUAGACCUAGAUCUAUAAAAAUAAUUUCAGAACUCUAAAAUAAUCUCGAGCCAAACACAGUGCACACAAAUGCCUCAAGCAAUAGAUGUUGCAGCCAGGGACCCUUUAAAUAUAAAAUGAAUGCAAAGCAGCUCCUCAUCACAGAUAUUGUUUAUGAACAUUGUACUUUUUAAACACCCACCCAGGCCACCCCAUACACCCACAACCAAUUUUGAGACCGCUGACCACGCACUGUAAAGUCCACUCACUGACCAAUUUAUUAGGAACACCUGUACACCUGCUCAUUAUUUCAGGUGACAGGAACGCUCAAACAACCACUCAAAUAAUUCACUCAAAUAACUCAAAUAACCACUCUUUACAACCACGGUGAGCAGAAAAGCAUCUCAGAACACAGUUUUAGAAUGGGGUUGGUGAGUUUUAGAAUUUGGUUGGUCAGUGUAUCUCAGAAGAAAAGCAUGAGUAUCUGUUCUAUACCUAUAAAUUAAUCUUAGCUCCCCUUUUCUAUCUAAACCAUAACAUCAGUCCUGCAGUUUACAGAAGCCACAACAACAUGCAAAUAAGAUCAUGAGCUACAACACGAAAUCAAAGUGUGGCAUUACUUUAGUGCAGGAUUACUCUCUAAAUGUUGAAAUACUGACCUUCCCCUUUGUGACAAAAGCUUAACAUGUUGUGUGUGUGUGUGUGUGUGUGUGUGUGUGUG